AUGGCGCGGUCAUUGAUGGGACCACCCAAAAACCCACAAGCAAAAGCAAAAGUUCAACCAAUGUUCAUCCAAGGAUGUUUCGGCGGCAACCGUACAUCAAGGGAUGCUAUUGUGAUGGUUGUCCAGAAGAAACAUAGUACCUACAUUGGACACAAUGUUGAUAUCAGUAGUCCACUGCUUUCCCUGCGAAAGGCAUAUCCACAGGUCGCCAAGUCAGAUGUCUUGUUGUGGCAUGAAGGCGAUUUUUCAUGGGAAGACAUACACACAGAGAAACUCGAGGGUAUGAAUGUGAGACUCUGCAAUCUGAAACACCCCAAAGGAGCAUGGGGUCCUCCUCCCAAUGUUUCUGUUCCAGAAAUGAAAUUUUCAGUGGGGUACAGAAACAUGAUUCGCUUCUAUUCUGUUACCAUUUGGAAUGUAUUGACUGAUUUGGGAUAUGAAUAUGUGAUGAGGCUUGAUGAUGACUCCAACUUUAUGUCACCCAUCCAAUACAACUUAUUUGAUGCUCUGCGGAGUCAGCAGGCUGUGUAUGGGUACAGGCAGGAGUCCAAAGAAUGUGGUUCCUAUGAAUUUGGGCCUUUUGUGGAUAACUAUCUCAACAAGCAUGAAAUGAGUCCAAUGCACGGCGCUUUAGAUGAACCGUACUGUGAAAGCAAGCUAGGGCAGUAUGGCUUCUACAACAACUUUUUUAUAACCAGAAUUUCCUGGUGGCUACAGCCACAAGUUGCAGAGUUUGUCCAGGCAUUUGACGCCUCAAAUCUCAUCUAUUCCCAACGCGACAAUGAUCUUAUAUUCCAAACAGCAGCUGUCAAGCUGUUUGCAGAACCAAGAGCUGUUCUGAAGUACGUUGACUGGUCUUAUGCCCAUGUAACAGUGAUUGAUGGUAAGUGGGUCUUUGGGGGGGUGUCCUUUGGCACAGAGGACCCCAAGACUGGAAAACAGCAAAGGAAAGGUUUCCAAAAAUGGAUGGUCCGCCGCUGGGGUCUCAAACAUCAUACUGUGGAUUUGGCCAAUGAAAACAUCAUAACUGUCAAAUGCACUGUCACCAACAGGCUCUGUGGUAUCUCUAAUUGUGACAAAAGUGGAGAACAUGGCUUAGAGGAGACAAUAGGAUCCUUUCCUUAUGCUUUUGCAUGUCAUUGUGGAGCUCCGGCUUGUUCCUGUUUGCAUAAUGAACAUCUUGCCUAA